AUGACGACCGUUUAUUUUUCCACAGACAGACCCAUCACCCCAAGCUGCUUUAUCCUGAUCCCAUUCGGAAAUUCCGAGUCCUUAUGCUCAGCACUUAGGUGUCCCGGACAGGGUCGUGGUCGCAAGCGAAAGACCUGGGACUUCGCCAGGAUUAAGUCAUUGAAUCAAGCAGGCACGAGGACAGAGAACUUUCAGAGAAUGAAACCUCUCGCCAAGCCCGACUUUGUGGAUUACUAUGUGCAUCAUGCACCUUCAUAUGAAAGGCUGGACGAGCCUGCUGCAGAGCAACUGUGGAACAAACAAUUUGCUUCGAAGGAUGUGAGGAAAGAUCAAGUAUCCGCUAGGAGUCGUGAUGGCAAAGAUGUUGGGAAGGCAAGGUUUGAUUUGGUCCACCACUCACCAACUUCUUUGCAGUCACCGGUGGUCACUCUUCUUAUCAGCCUCUGUCAGGUUUGGCGGAUUUGGGUACCUAUGGACGACGGCUCCAAAACAGCCAGCUACGAGGACAAAUCAAUCAACAACCAGUGA